AUGGCUCGCAUCAGUAUCCCUCUCGACGCGUUGACGUCCCGCCUCAACCUUUCCGACCGCUUCAGCAGUGUCCGCUCGCAGCCUCUCGCGUCUCGAUUUGCCAACAUCAAACCAAUAUCCGAGUUCUUGGACCUCAAGAGACUGUCAAAACCCAACAACUUCGGUGAAGUUCAAAGCAGAGUCAACUACAACCUCAGCUACUUUUCCAGCAACUAUGCUGUGGUCUUUGUCAUGCUCAGCAUCUACAGCCUGCUCACCAACCUCUGGCUUCUCUUUGAUAUUGUCCUCGUGGUCGGUGGUAUGUGGACGAUUGGCAGAUUACAAGGAGGAGAUCUCGAGAUCGGCACUUUCCGUGCUACUACUUCGCAACUCUACACCGGCUUGGCCUGUGUUUCUGUUCCCAUUGCAUUCAUUGCCUCGCCUAUCGGCACGUUCUUGUGGCUGAUCGGUGCUACUGGUGUCACCAUUCUCGGCCAUGCCUCGCUCAUGGACAGACCAAUCGAGAAUGCUUUUUCCGAGGAGGCGGUCUAG